GAAUAAACUCACCGAACAAGCCAUCUUUCCAGGUAUCACUUAGGUAGUCGGACUUUGGGAGAGGCAUCUUGACCAGGAUAAGCUGUGAUAACGAUGUCGGGAGCAAAAACAAGGGGCGCUGCACUGAGCUUUAUUAUUAAAAUCGUAGGGCUCCUCCUCUCUCACUGUUUCCCCACAGGAGCGUGUCUUCGGCCGCGGUUAUCGGUAGCCUCGGAUAGUCCUAGUUGGGUUAGUCGCCGUGAUAUGAUGUAUGUAUUGUCUAGUAUAUGCAAGGGAGGUUGUGCAGCUGGGAAUCAGGUACAGCAAGAAUGUUUAGCCAAGGGAGUACGGAGUACUCCGUAGAUAUUGGAGGAAUUAGUUUAUAAUUACCUCUUCAACUCA